AUGGUUGGUAAUCCUUACGACAUUAUUAAAGUGACUGCCUUAAACGAAGUCGAAUUGCAAAAAGCAAGAAGACUCUUGGAUGAAUCGCUUAUCCAAGACGCUGUGCCUAUACCAAAUGGUGCUGAUAUCUCCUUUGAAAGUUCUCACUUUCAAAAUUUUAAAAAGGAGCAAGAGAAAAAUAAACCUCUAAUGAUUUCCUUUCGACAACUUGAUGAUAAAGAAACGGGAAGUAUUCAAUUGGUUGGCGUUAAAGAUGUUGUCGUAGAAGCAAAGAAGGCGACUAAAAAUUGUAUUGAAUUUCAGCGUGAAAGAGACUAUGAGCUAUCUUGGGAACAUUCGAAAGAUAAAUUCGAAUUUUUGCAAACGUAUUCUUCAGAAUUCGUUAAGCCUAUAGAAGAUCGUUGCCAAGUACGCAUAGAAUUAGAACAUGGACCGGAAACAUGUAAGAUUCGUUGGAAAGGACUCCCAGAGACGUCAACGGAAUGCAAAAGAUCUUUAGAAGAUUUAGGAAAAACUAUUUUAGAAAAAGACGAAUUAAUUGAAUUACCCGGAGUGAAACAUCUCUUUGAACGAAAAGAUGGUGAAAAACAGUUAAAAUUAAUCCAGGAAGCCAAAAAGAUUUUUAUCCGCAUAAAUGGAUCCAGACAGACAACUUUUUCAGACUCUGAUGCACAACGUAGUCUACAAGAACAGCGUUCCAAAGAAGGUCCGAAUCCCGUGAAAGCUGUCAUGAUUCCAGAAAGGAGUUCAGGAAACGUUAUAACUAUUUCUCUAAAACAUGGACGUAUUGAGGAUGAAUGCGUAAGUUUAACUUUUAAUGAAAUACUAACCUUCAAUUGGCCAAAUUUAUUAAUAGUCUAUUAUACUUAAUCAUUAUUUAUUAAUUCUUCUGAUAGUAGUGGUAUUAAACCAGAGCUACUCUGAGUCUCCGAGAUGCAUGAUGUAGCGUGCAUUACAUGACAUGACAUGACAUGACAUGACAGCUGUACUAUAAUAUAAGAUGAAAUGCCCAAAUAAGGCGAAAAUGGAGACUUGUAUGUUUCUGCAUUCUACGCCUUGAUCGUCAAUGUGGCUUGGUAUACGUCUAGAUACGCGAGACGUUCCUAUUUAUAUCACAUAAGCUUGCUACACGACGAUAUCAACGCAUCGAAAUAUGCACAGAGUGUAAUGGGGCCAGAGAGCCCAAACGACCACAAGGGAAGUGAGCUCUGUAUUAUUACACUGGCCGUACUUAUUUUAGAAGUACUGUUUAAUAAACGAGUAGGAGUGUUUUAUCACUUAUAAAACACGACGCGUAGCGGAGUGUUUAAUAUGUGAUAAAACACGAACUACGAGUUUUUUAUUAAACAGCUUCAAAAACGUGUCAGUUCGAUCACGGCAUUGGCGAAAUAAUUUUCCAAAAUAACUUUGUAUUAGCUGAGAAAAUACAAGUUGAAAUUUGAAGCGUGUUUUAUCACAUAUAAGAACACGCCACGCUUAUGAUUUCUCUUUGUGUUUUCCUCAUGAAUUAUUAAUGAGUUUUUGAAGACGUCUUAAACGUCUGGACGAAUUAUAAACGUCUUUGGUUAUUAUAUAGUGCGAUUAAUAUAAAUACGAGAUGAACAGUUGGAAACUAGGAUAGAAUGAACCAAGAAAAUAUAAAAUUAUUUAAUUUGACAACCAUCUUUAGUGUUUCCUAGCUAUUAAAGUGCGCCCAAGUUUUGUCGUCUCGUAUUUAUACUAGACGAAUUAAACGUCUAAGACGAUUAAGUCAGACGUCUAUUUAAGUGCGUGGUUUGCGUGGCAUGCGAUAGUUUGUCGACCCGAGCGGACGUGUGUUUUGUGCUCCGUAUAAAAUUUUAUGUGCAUUAUAGUUAUAACCAUUAAUGGCGACUGAAAGCGCUGCAAUUCAAUCCGCUCUUUCGAUCUCAACGAAGGGUAAUUUUAAGUGGCAUGGUAAAUUUGAGGAUCUUCAAGAAUUUAUCAACGAGCAACUACAAACCCAGACAAAGUGGUCGUCGCCAGGAGGCAACUCAAAGCUUUUCGAGAACGAAGCGGUCAAAAUUAGAUGGUAUGCGAAUACGUCCUCGCUUACUAUUAAAGGAAUUGAUUGUGAACAGCUGAAGGACAAAUUGCGAGCAAUUGCUAGGACAGAGUCUGAUGAAGAUAAUGCUAUAUCGUUGAUCGACAAAAACAACCUCGACAUUGGCAUACAUAAUGAAGUCGAAAGGUCAAUCAUUAUUGAAGGCGAAGACUUCUCAGCUCGUACACUCAAUUCAAGCUCUCAAGUAAUUGACUUAUCAACGCAACCAAAUCAAAGUUUAAUCUGCAGUGAACUUAUAGAGAAAAUAAAGGAUUUGAAACUGGACUUUAACAUCAAAAUCAGUGCGUUAACGCAAGAAGUAUCUAGUAUACAAAACAAACGGAAGGCGUAUGCUAACGAGUCGCUCCUCCACGAAAAUCGAGAAUUAAAGGAUGAAAACAAAUCCCUGCUGCAAAAGGUCGCUAACUUGUCCUUCAUAGUAUCCGAUUUAAACACCAAACUUAAAGAAUCUGAAAAUGAAAAACAGUCUUUAGUCACAGUCCUUAAGUUGGUGAAUCUAGACCAAAGUACCCACGAUCAAAAUUCUCAUGGGACCUGGAAAACGCAGUGCAGAAGCAUGAAUAAAGAUCAGCAUUUGUCUACUCGUAGUCAAGAUAGUGAAGUUGUUACGAGAAACGCGUUUGAUGUCCUGAGUGAUACGGGCGGCAAUGAAACCAACAUUUAUGAUUAUGACGACGAUAGAAGCAAAGUCGAUGACCCCAGCUCUAUAGCUACUUCGCAACGAGAAUCCCAACGAUCGAUCGCAGACAAUGAGUCCUCAAAUAGCAGACCUGCCAACAAGUCAACUAAGCAUAAACAAAAGCGGCAUGCUAAUGGAUCAAGUAAUCAGCACAAUGCAAAAGAUGGCAAAAAGAAAUUAGUCUUUAUUGCCGGGGACUCUAUUCAGAAUGUGCAUGGCUGGGAGAUGUCUAAUACCGACAGAACUGUUGCCGUAAAAUCUUUCUCAGGAAGCAAAGUCAAUGAUAUGCAAGACUAUUUGAAACCAUUGCUUCGUCGCAACCCACAUCAAAUAAUUCUCCACGUUGGUACAAACGACAUUAAGUCAGAGAAAUCUCCCGAUCAGUUGGUAGAAGGUAUUGUGAAAUUAGUUAGUCAAGUGCGAGAAAAAUCUGCACAUAUCAAAGUAGCCAUCUCGGCUCUUACCAUCAGAAAAGAUGGUCAUCUAAUUCAAACAAAAGUUAAUCAAACAAACAAUCUACUUAAUUCAUUCUGCUCAGAUAAUAAUGUUGACUUUAUUAACCAUACUAACAUAGAUUUAGAUUGUUUAAAUCGUGGAGGUUUGCACUUGAACCGCAAAGGUAGCACGAUAAUGCAAAGAAACUAUAUGGAUUUUUUAAAUUGACGCGACAUCCGUCAGACUAACUCGGAGGAAAUGUUGUAUUCGAAUAGGUUACCAUAUCUUAGGGGUUUCAAGAUGGCAUUACUGAAUAUUGUCAGUUUGUCGAAACACAUUGAUGAAAUUCGCUUAUUGUUAGAAAAUCAGACUGUUGAUAUUCUUGCACUCAAUGAAACAAGACUUCACCCUGAUAUUCCAAGUGAAUUUGUUAAUAUUGACGGAUAUGAUAUAGUUCGCAUGGAUAGGGACAAACACGGUGGCGGUGUCUGUUUUUACAUUAGGCGGACGAUAUCAUAUUUAAAUCGUGGUGAUUUAGUGCCGGAAAAUUUAGAGUCAGUAUGUCUGGAAAUUAACCGGCCCAACUCUCGUUCCUUUAUCGUUUCUACUAUUUAUCGUCCGCCGUCAGCAACCGUCGAAUCUUUCUCACAAAUUGAAUCUUUGCUUAAGAAUGUCGAUAACGAGAACAAGGAAAUUUACUUAUUAGGAGAUCUAAACUGUAAUCUGUUAGACCAGUCCAACUCUUCUGCUAAACACUUACAUUCUAUCAUGCAACUUUAUCAACUUACACAAGUAAUCGAUAAGCCUACAAGGAUUACGGAAUCGUCUUCUACGUUACUAGACGUUUGUAUUACCUCCUGUCCUGAGCGAAUUGCAUUUCAUGAUGUAAUUCAUAUGGGAGUGAGUGAUCAUAGUUUAAUUUAUGUAGUAAGGAAAAUUAAUUCAUAUCUUAAACCUCACGCUAGCAAAAAAGUCGAAUUUCGAAGCUUCAAGCAUUUCAAUGUUGAGAAUUUCAAAGUCGACCUUAUAAACUUACCAUGGUAUUUAGUUGACAGAGAAACUGAUAUUGAUAAUAAAUGGGAAUGUUGGAAAAAUCUUUUUAUAACUGUUCUUGAUAAACAUGCCCCGGUUAGGGAAAGACGGGUACGAAAUAAAACAUCUGUGGCAUGGAUUUCUAGGAAUAUCAGAAACAAAAUGUUUGAAAGGGACCGUUUGAAAAGAAAAGCAAUUUUGUCGGAUUUAAGUGAAGAUUGGAGCCAGUAUAAACAUUAUAGGAAUAAUGUCAACAUUGCAAUGCGUGAAGCUAAGAAAGUUUACUACAAAAGCAAAUUUGACAAACACCAAAACAAUCCAAAACAGGCUUGGAGGACGAUUAAUGAUAUCCUUGGGAGAAAAAAGAAGGACACAAUGAUUAACGAAUUAAAGCUAGGAAAUGAUACAAUUACUUCUCCUGUGAGAAUGGCUAAUUGUCUUAAUGACUAUUUUACAAGUAUUGGUGGUAAAAUUGGAGACUCCUGCUCUGAACACACUCAGAAUUUUGGCAGGCAUAUGAGUGAUAAUCUAAAUACUAGUUUGGAAUUUACUUUGCAUCCUGUUAACGAAUCACAGGUUUUUAGGCUACUUAACAAUUUGUCUAUUUCUAAAUCUACUGGAUGUGACAAAAUACCGGCUAAAAUUCUAAAAAAAUCUGCUUCUGUAAUUACACCAUCUUUGACCAAUUUGUUUAACUCUGCUAUUGGGAUGGGAAUUUUCCCCUCUGAAUGGAAAAGUGCUAGAGUUAUACCGCUUCAUAAGAAGGGUUCACGCUCCGUUUUAGACAAUUAUAGGCCAAUAUCAAUUUUGCCGGUCAUCAGCAAAAUAUUUGAAAAGAUCUUGUAUGAGCAGUUAUACGAAUAUUUUACUACCAAUAAUUUAUUGUCUGAACAGCAGUUUGGGUUCAGGCGCUUUCAUUCCACGUCCACUGCUUUGCUUGAUUGUACUGAUGAGUGGUAUGUUAAUAUGGAUCGUGGUUUGUAUAAUCUUGCCGUUUUUCUCGAUUUAAAAAAAGCAUUUGACACGGUAAACCACGACAUUUUACUGGCUAAACUAGAGUUAUAUGGUAUUAAGAACACGCCUCUUAUGCUUCUCAAAUCGUACUUAUCAGAUCGAUCUCAGAAAUGUCAAGUAAAUGGGGAACUUUCCACACUAAAAUAUCUAAAAUAUGGCGUUCCUCAGGGUUCAAUUUUGGGUCCACUUCUGUUUUUAAUUUAUAUCAAUGAUUUGCCGAAUUGUUUACAACACUCUACAGCACGCAUGUUCGCCGACGAUACUAACAUUACAGUGUCCGGUAAAUCAGUUAAGGAAGCGGAGGUGGCCGUUAAUGUCGAUCUCAAUAAUAUCAGAGAAUGGCUUCUAUCGAACAGGCUCUCUCUUAACCUUGUCAAAACGGAAUAUCUUUUGAUUGGAUCACGCCACAAUAUUAACACGUUAGAAGAACAACCGCGUGUUUUUAUUGGAGAUGAACCAAUUAAAGGGGUUCAAGUUACAAAAACUCUUGGAGUCAAAAUUGAUCAAUUUUUAACUUGGGACAGUCAUAUUGAACAAAUUUCUAAAAAAAUAUCUUCUGGAAUAAGUGCCAUGAAAAAGAUAAAGGAUUUCACUAAUUCUGAUACUUUGAAGUCGGUCUAUUAUGGUCUUGUCCAACCCCAUUUCGACUACUGUUGUGAAGUUUGGAAUUCCAUUAGUAGAGGCCAGUCUGAACGACUACAAAAACUUCACAACAGAUGUGCUAGAAUUAUAAUGAACUUUAAAGAUGAGCCUGGGCAAUCUCAACUGGCCCUCGAUCAAUUAGGGUGGAUAAGCUUGGAAGAAAGGCGAAAACAUAAUAUGGCCCGUCUCAUGUUUAAGGUUGUCAAUAAUCUGGCACCAUCGAGGUUCUCAUCAAUGUUCCAGAAUUCUAACCAUAUCCACAGUUAUAAUUUACGAGGUUCAAAUUCGUCUCUCUUUCUGCCACGACCAAAUACUGAGUAUGGCAGAAAAUGUUUUCGAUAUAGUGGGGUUAAAAUCUGGAAUAGCAUUCCUGAACAAGUAAGAAACAGCGAAUCUUUAAAUUCUUUCAAUAGAAAUAUUUCCUCUGUUAGUCUGACGAAUUAGCUAUUUGAGUUUUGUAUACCAUUUGUUUUGUAAUAUGUAUUUGUAUUCGUAGUUCUUAAUUUUCUUAGUGAUUUUGUAUUUUAUAUAUUUUUGUAACAUUUAUCUACGCCCCACUUGGAAAGCAGCUAUGGUUGAAGUGGCCAGCGUAGUCAAAUAAAGUUUUAUCCUAUCCUAUCCUAUCCUAGACGACGUUAAUUUUUUAUUCGUCUGUCUAUUUUCCCGUAUUUAUAUUGCACGACUUUAACGUCUCAGAUGGUAAAUAAGUCGUCUCAGACGUUAAAGCCGUCUUCUUAUACAAAUACGGCCAUUAAUGCAUUUAUUACAAUGGACCUUUCCCCUUAUAUCUAAAAUUUUGAUCUUGACAAGUAAUCUAGAUAAAAAAUUUAGUUAUAAGGGGAAAGGUCCGUUAAUACAUAAAUUGACAGAUCAUAAUUAUUAAUAACCCUUAGGCCUGUUUCAAACGUCAUGCUUCCCAUGUGCUGAACGCAUUAGAAACAAUAGAUAAUGAGGCAUUUCAGCUGAUUAUCUAUUGUUUUAAAUGCGUUAGGCACAUGAGAAGCGCGACGUAAUUUGAAACAGGCCUAAUUAUUACUGAAUUUAGCAAGCCUGCCUUGUUAUCCGAGAUUUCUCUGGCUGACCGAGGUAGAGCCAAAAUAACAAGUUCGUAUUUAGCUCUAUAUUUUUGUUAAUAUUUAUAGGCUGCGGUCUUGGCUUACUCUGCUCUGCCAAAUCUCAAUGACAACACUGCCGUUUGUGGUGAAGGUCUAAAACUUGCAGGAGGAACGACGUACAUCAAUGCCUGUAAGAGUCACACUAAUAUAUCCCCUGGAGACAUUGUUUGCACAGUUGGUGGUAAUCUUGCCUGUCAAUAUGUUCUUCAUGUUGUUGGCUGUGAUUGGAAAGAUAACAGGGAAAACAAUGAAAUGGUAUGUUUAAAUUUUUUUGGAGCUACUUACUGUAGCAUAAAUAUUAGAGGUAUUUUUAAUACUGCCCAUUGUUUUUUAAUGUCCAGUUCUACCAAAACUAUGCAGUUCUAAACUCAUUUGUGCAGUUCUUAAAAAACUAAGUUGGCGAAUAUAGAAAAUAUAACCUUAAGCUGCCUCCCAACAGUUGUUUCAGCAUAGGACUGGUAACGAAAUUUUAUCACAUCAGCAAAAAUUUUAUUUGACUACGAAAGAUUUGAAAUGCAAUAUAAUUUUUCCUUCGGUCAAUAUUUCUGAAAUUUUGUAUUUUAAUGUACUAUUUACUUUUAAUUGAAUAUUCGCAAUUUUUUAAAAAAUUCUAUAAAACAGUUUUGUGGAACAAAUUUCGCGUAAUAUCUGAAAAAUUGAAUUUAAAAUAAAAUUCAAAAAUUCUGGCGGAGAACACUAUCCCGAUAACCUAUAUAUCUCACAAAUCACUUACGUACUGGGGCGAUGGAAUGGAGGGUCGAUUUUUGUCUACACUGGCAGCUAACAUUCAAGAUCAUACUCCUAGUUAAUUUGUCCUUAGUGUUACAAUGACAGUAUUUUUUCUGAUAUAAAGAGAAGAACGUAAAACAAUCUUUUAUAAAACUUCGCGCGUUACAAGAAGAUAUUUCUGGAAAGGAGAAAAAUUGAAAGGUAUCCAUCAUCUCGUUCCUAAAAAAUCUUGGUCGUUUUGAAAAUCGCAGUGUUUUCCAACCAUCGAAAUGUGCGACUUCCUGGAAAUUUCUUCUUUUAACGCCAAAAAGAGUGAAACGACUACUAUAUUUGCAUGUCGGGUCAAAAUGUCUAUAAAGUCGGGCCAAAGAGUCUGAGCCGGACCAAAAACAUAUUUAUGCCCGCAAACAUCAAUUCUAGAUCUGUUGAUAUAAUUGAGGAUUUUUGUGUACUAUUGUGUACUGUUUUUGUGUCAAUUAAAUUAGCGUUAAUUUCCUGUAUUUCGAUAGAUAAAUACGUAGAAUUAUUAUCAAUGCCUUUCUUAGGUUUUCAGAAAACUCAUGAACAAAUGCAUCCAGAAAUGCAUCGAUCUUCACGUGGACUCACUAGCCAUGUCAUCUUUCGGGGCACAUCAACAUGGCUACACGGCGGAAGAUGUUUAUGAAAUAGUAAUGGAGGAGGUCGAAAGAGUAUAUAACAAUGUAAGCAAUCCAGUCCAAUGCUCGCUUGAGCAUGUUCAAGUAGUUUAUCUCAAACGAAAGCGUUUAAGUCGGUGGCAUAGCAUGUCCUUUCGUGCGCGUAGCAGAUCAUCCUUUCGUGCACGUAGCAGAUCAUCCUUUCGUGUGCCUGGCAGAUCAUCCUUUUGUGCGAGCAAAUCAUCCUUUCGUGCACAGCCAGACGUCGCACGGCCGCAGGCAGCAGCAGUAACACCAACAAAAAGAAAAAUCUCUUGUACUAGCAAGUUCGGAUCCGUUAGUGUGGUUCUCAAGGAAGGAGAAGUAACAACAUAUGAGGCUGAUGCCAUAAUUAAUAUUUUACCAAAUCAUCUUCAACGUUCCAGCUGUAAUAAUGUGUGCGAAACCAUUAUUCAAGCGGGUGGUAAAAGCGUGCAAGAUGAACUGAGCCGAUAUACCAGAAGCAAACAUCUUCGUUCCAUAUUGAGAACUUCUGCUGGUUCAAUUGAGAAUGUGAAAGAAAUUUUCAAUAUAAUUCCCGAAUUACCUGACGAACCAGGUCUGCGAUCGUCUUUAGAGCAAUGCUUCGAUUUCGUUAAAGCCCUCUCUUUCGGUAAUGUCCUAUUUCCAGUCGCAGAAAUCAUGGCAUUAGACAUAUCUCUGAACUGUUUAGUACAACUCAUUCUUGAUACUGCUAAGAAUUUUAGCAUUGAUAGUUUAGUCACUUUGGAGAUUGUUGUUCUUGUUGCACAAAGAAGUGAAUUUGAUGUUUUAAAGUCGCUUUUUGAAGAACGAAGUGUAGCAAUACGAUCGACAAGUCUGAUCAAUGCUGAUCAUGUUCCGGACAUUAAUGAUCUCCGUGAUGUUGACGAUGUAUCCAUUGUAACCUCUCAUGUCAACGAAGACGAAGUCUUUCUCAGCCAGGAAGUGCAAGCCGCCUCAGCUGGAUCACCGAAUGACGGCCCGGAUGGUAGGCCUAUUAGUAACCAUCGCGAAAAAUCCCAGAUCAACCUACCUGGAAAUGAGAGAGAUAAGGAUAAAAUCCUGCUGCGUUUUGUUGGGUUUUGUUCAGCUGUCAAUAAUUCAGUAUCAGAAGUAAUGGACUUCGUUGAACGUAACAAAGCGAAACAAAAUAUUGAAGUUUCGAAAGAGAGUUUCAAGUUUCUUCAAAAGCAUAGGAAGGACUUAGCCUCUAUAUACCAUGUUGUGAUAGAUUUGCGACCCCACGAAUUAACAGUUGAAGGAUUUAAAGAUAACGUGUUCGAAUGCCAUAAGAGAAUAACGGAUCUAUUGAAUAAGAAUACAAAGAGUCAAGACGAAAUAAAACAACUUGAAGAAUCUAAUAAGGAGAAUAAAUUAGACGACGACAAAGAUCGCAACGAUGUCGACAGCAGUGAUAUUAUAACGAAUAUUUCUAAAGAUCGUGUCUAUUCAGGUGAGAAAUUUGAGAUAGAACAGACGCUUAACAGGAAUACUUAGCAGUUUUCUAAUGUAUAUAUAUAUAUAUAUAUAUAUAUAUAUAUAUAUAUAUAUAUAUAUAUAUAUAUAUAUAUAUAUAUAUAUAUAUAUAUAUAUAUAUAUGUAUAGCUUAAGAUUUUGGUUUACGAAACACAAACAGUGCUCAAUACCAUAUAGAUAGAGCGUAAUAUAGUUUUUCGUUUUACCUCAAAAAACCACAACAGUCUGUUUCAUCUGAUGAUUCCUAUACGAAUGAAACAGACUGUUGUGGUUUUUUGAGGUAAAACGAAAAACUAUAUAUAUAUAUAUAUAUAUAUUAUUUAUUUAAUCUUAAAAAUUGUACAUGAAUGAUUAAAUGAUUGUACUUUUAUAAUCAAAUAAAUAUUGCUCUAUUGAGCACUCUUCAAUCUACUACAACAACAAAACUUUGGUUAUAUAUAUAUAUAUAUAUAUAUAUAUAUAUAUAUAUAUAUAUAUAUAUAUAUAUAUAUAUAUAUAUAUAUAUAUAUAUAUAUAUAUAUAUAUUUAAACUAUAAACGUAAGAGUACGAAUCAACAACUUAACCAAUACGAGAAAACGUAUUUCCUUGACGUUGAAACUGGGUGCAAUAUUGGACAGUGACAUAUGUCCCUUACUCAGAUUUUCCACCUUAGUCAACCAGCCUAAUAUUUUGCAAUUUAUUUUGUUAAAGAAUGCUAACAGUUAGACGAUUUUUCUGAGUGCACUGAGUAUAGCCCAUGUAGGUUAAUUCUAUCAAUACACACAAUUGUAUAGAUUGGAACAUUAUAAAAUAUUGUAGUACCUUGUGUUAUGGUUAAACAUUAUCUGUAUUAAAAUAAGAUAUGAACACACCAAUGAAUGAUAUAAAAGUAUUUUCAUGACCAAAUGUCCAUACUUCAUUCUUCAUAUUAAUUAACCAUUUUAAUUUGUUCCCUAUUUUAUGUUUUGUAGAAUCGCCCGCUUCUUCUUGGUCAUGGGAAGAGAAGUCUAAAACUCACCGAGAUAAGUUUCAGAAGUUUCUUGAUUACGGCCAAGAAUACCCUAAAGAAAUCAAGGAGGUUAACGGAGUUCGCUUUUGUCCAUCAGAGGAAUUUUGUAUUGGUCGUGGCAGCGAUGGCACUAGGGUCUAUAUCGGCCUUGGAAAGGAUGGAUACGAGAAGGCCAUAAAGCGUAUGCACAAAGACCAGUAUAAAUCCUUAGCUAAGCAUGAAAAAAAGAUUUUAAAUGAACCAAGCACAGCGACAUCGAAACACACCAUUAAAUACUGUUCUUAUGAUGAUGAAAGUGAUAAGGAGUUUGUGCAUUUAAUAUUGGAUUUAUGCGAGGAAACGUUGGAAGAAUACGUGGAACGAAACAGCCGGGAAGAGUUGUUGGCAAUCGCCCCCGAUAUAAUUUGCCAAAUUUUAGAGGGAGUAAGUGACAUACACGAAAAGCCAACGACAAUUCUACACAGGGAUUUAAAACCAACCAACAUAAUGCGAAACGUGCAGGAUAGAUGGUUGUUGGCAGAUUUUGGAAUUAGUCGAACUUUGCCGCCCGACAAGGACACACUCGUAAGCAAGCAAAGGGGAAAUGACCAUUGGAGGGCUGUAGAAUCCUAUCCGUCGAAAGAAUCAUCGCAUGAGAAUUGUGCCCGGUACAAAAAGGAGUCUGAUAUACAAACGGCUGGUAUGGUUGCUUAUUUCAUUGUAAGCAAAGGUGAAUAUGCGUUUGGACUCGAGACCGAUCGAAAUAUCAACUUGCGGAAUGGAAAUCCUGUUGGGCUGGACAACGUCAAAAAUCCAGCUUUGAAAGAUCUGUUAGGUUGGAUGCUAAGUCACAGUCCUAAAGAACGACCGACUGCUAAAGAAGCAAGGAAGCAUCCUUAUCUGCAAUCUACUCGUGAACAGUUUGAAUUGUUGUGGACUAUGGGCAAUCUAUACGAGAUCAAGUCUGGAGAUUCCACAUGCAACGUCACACAGCAAAUAAAUAGUGAUACAAAAGAUUGGAUAUCGUUUAUGGAUGACGCUGCAUUUCAGUAUCUAUGUAUUGAUCCAAAGAAACCAACACCAA